AUGAACCACGAACCGGCUGAGGCUGUCAGAGCCUUUGCCCUGAACUAUAUGGUUGCUGGCGAUAUAUACUCCGUAGGUAACUUCACAUACUAUGAAUUCUUGACUUUCCGAGAUUUGGCCCAGCUGGCGGAGAAAAGAUCCCUCCCCCAUUUCACUUCGAAGCUGGGCUUAGCGCAUGCUAUCGUCAUCGAUACGAGGUUGAGCACGAAGUGCAGUAUCCAACCAAACAGCCGUACCAGCCGCUUCUCUUUUGCCAAAAGUGUGAUCCAAUUGCUGCUGAGGGUUGAGGUUGAGGUUGAGGUUGAGGUUGUUGUCUUUGUGAUAUAUCGUUGCCAUUAA